AUGUACGGAGAAGCGAGCCGAACAACUCAUCCACGACAACUCCAUCUCGCAGAACCUCACAUCUUGCCCGGCAACUGCAACAGCUGCGCUUGCAAACCACUGCUCUCCAAAAUGGCUUUCGCAAAGAUCAUAGAGUCGAAGGCUCAUCUUAUACCAGGAAGGCUCACUGUAUCCGAACUCUUCUUUGAAGUCCCCAAAGAUUACUCAAACCCAGAUCGAGGCACCAUCCAGCUCUUCGCCCGCUCCGUCUCCAAGACCGAGAAACCCGCCGUCCCCAUCUCCGAGGAGGAGCGGCGCAAGAAAUCCCAAAAACCAUGGUUCGUCUACCUACAAGGCGGUCCCGGCUUCCCAUGCUCGCCUCCUCAGAUGUCGCCCAUCACCAACGCCGUCCUUGAGCGUGGAUACCAGAUGCUGUACUUGGAUCAGCGAGGCACUGGACUUAGCACGCCUAUCUCGGCGGCGACACUUGGUUUGCAGGGUGAUGUGUAUAGACAGGCGGAUUACUUGAAGCUGUUUCGGGCUGAUAGUAUUGUCAAGGAUUGCGAGGCCAUCAGGAAGACGCUGACCGAGGACUACCCGGCUGAGCUGAAGAAGUGGUCCGUAUUUGGCCAGUCGUUCGGUGGCUUUUGUGUUCUCACCUACCUCUCCAAAUACCCUAGUGGACUACGCGAGGCUUUUACUGCGGGAGGCCUAGCGCCGAUCGGUCAGUCGCCAGAGCAAGUCUACCAAGCUACAUUCAAGAAAGUAAUAGAGAGAAACAAGGUAUACUACAAAAAGUAUCCAGAAGACGUCGAUGCGGUCCACGGCCUCGCCUUCCAUAUCAAGAGCAAAGGAGGUCUCCAGCUCCCAUCCGGUGGUGUGCUCACCGUCCGAGGAUUCCUGACGCUGGGCAGAAUGUUCGGUGCCCACGGCGGCCUCGACACAGUACACGAUCUGGUGCUCAGGAUGAAGACAGACCUGGAGCAAUUUCAAUUCGUCACCCGACCCACCCUCUCGGCGCUGGAAACCGCAAUCAGCUUCGACUACAACGUGCUGUACGCCGUGCUCCACGAAGCCAUCUACUGCGAGAACCAGGCGAGCAACUGGGCCGCCGAGCGCGUGGGCAAGACCCUGCGCGAGUACCAGUGGCUGUCCCAAUCACCCCAGUCGCCGACGUCCGUGCGAGAGGCACCGCUGUUCUUCUCGGGCGAGAUGAUCUACCCGUUCCUGUUUGAGAUCUUCCCCGAGCUGGAGAAGCUGGCCCCGGUCGCGCAUCUGAUUGCCAAGUGCGCCGACUGGCCUCCGCUGUAUGAUCAAUGGCAGCUGGCUCGGAACGACGUCCCGCUGUAUGCGGCAACUUAUGUUGACGAUAUGUAUGUUGACUAUGACCUCGCCCAACAGACCGCCAAGCUGGUGAAGAACUGCAAGCAAUUCAUCACAAAUGUCAUGUACCACGAUGCAGUGCGCAGCAAAAACGAGCAGGUCAUGAAAGAGCUCUUCGCGCUCCGAGACGACACGAUUGACUAA